ACCCCGCCCUACGCAAACCGGAAGACAACAGCCAUCUUUUUCUCUCCUUUUGAUACGAUGCGAAUGUGCCACUGUCACACACUUACCGCUGACGUUAUUUAACAAACCAAUAAAAUGCCCUUAUUUGAUGGUUUGGGAAGCGGAGGAGAGAAGACUGCGAUCGUUAUUGACUUGGGAGCAGCGUACACAAAAUGUGGCUUUGCAGGGGAAACGGGGCCCAGGUUCAUCAUACCCAGCGAGAUCCGGAAACCUGGACAGCAGCAGGCCGUCAAGGUGGUUCAGUACAACAUCAACACAGAAGAGCUUUAUGUCAUCCUCAAAGAGUUCAUCCAUUUACUGUACUUCAGGCACCUGCUGGUGAAUCCUCGCGACAGAAGAGUCGUCAUCAUCGAGUCCAUCCUCUGCCCGUCUCACUUCAGGGAGACGCUCACCAAGGUUUUCUUCAAACAGUUUGAGGUGCCCUCUGUGCUGUUUGCACCAAGUCACCUCAUGGCCAUCAUGACUUUGGGUAUCAACUCUGCUCUGGUGAUGGACUGUGGCCACACAGAGACGCUGGUGCUGCCUGUCUACGAGUGCACUGCAAUUCUUCCAGCCUGGGAGGCUUUGCCUUUGGGAGGAAAAGCCAUCCAUAAGGAAUUAGAUGGGCUCCUUGUGGAACAAUGCACUGUGGACACAGACACCACCACGGGACAAAGUGUACCAGCUGCCAUUGGGACCAUCCCAGAGGACACAGUAGAAGAUAUCAAGGUCAGAACGUGCUUCGUCAGCGACCUGCAGAGAGGCCUCAAGAUCCAGGAAGCCAAAUUUAACCUGGACGGCACAGCGGAACGCCCGGCGCCUCCUCCAGACGUCGAUUAUCCUCUGGAUGGCGAGAAGAUCCUUCACGUCAAAGGAUCCAUCAGGGAUUCUCUGAUGGAGAUCCUGUUCGAACAGGACAACGAGGAGAAGAGUGUGGCUUCUCUGAUACUUGACGCUCUGGUGAAGUGCCCCAUUGACACCCGCAAGGUUCUGUCAGAGAACCUGGUGGUGAUCGGAGGCACGGCCAUGCUGCCGGGCUUCCUGCACCGCCUGCUGGCGGAGAUACGCCUCCUGGUGGAGAAACCCAAGUACAGCAGCGUGCUGGCCAGCAAGAGCCUCCGAAUACACGCUCCACCCGCCAAGCCCAACUGCACCGCCUGGCUCGGAGGCGCCGUCUUCGGGUCGCUGCAGGACAUCCUGGGCAGCCGGUCGGUGUCACGGGACUACUACAACCAGACGGGCCGCAUCCCAGACUGGUGCUGCUUGAGCUCCCCUCCUCCCGAAUCUCUGUACGAGGCGGGCAAGACGCCUCCUCCGCUGAUGAAGAGGGCUUUCUCCACGGAGAAGUAGCGCGUGGGCGACUCGGAUUACUCGCUGUCCCGCACGCGACACUGCAAAGCACCUCAGUUAUCCUCAAUGUAACAUCUGGACAGGCGGCGUCAACGUCCUAAACACACAAACCGCUCCAGAGGUUUUGAAGUCUAGUCAAUGUGACUGUUUGAUCAGCGUUAGAAGUACUUGGUUUCAUAUGACAUCAAAAGUAGUUUUCAGCAGAAACGUUUCAGACGAUGACCAAACGAAGCGGCCGUUGCUUCGCUGUGGAGGAGGCAGUCUUUAUUCCUGACAGUAUUUUGGUUUAUUUGACCGUAAUGUCCCACGAAGCCCCCUCCCAUGCCCCCCUCCACCCCCCACGUAUUUAUUAUAUGGCAGUGUGAAGUGGUUGUUGAACUCAAUAAAAGCCCUGUACACUCA